AUAAUUAGAUACUGCAUAUAACAAUAGUUGUUGAAUAAAUUAAAUCGAUGUGCAAUAUAUUCCCACCUUACGUUUCAAAAAAUUUCUAUAUAUACUGAGCUAACUCGAUCACAUACCACUCUCAGGUUAACUUAUCCUGGAAGCACACAGAAACAAGUGAAGAAAUGAAUCGUCUGUACUUUGCAUUCAUUGUACUGCUCAAUAUUGUCUAUGCGAGUCCGCAGUCAGGAAGAUUUGUUCAGGAUUGUUAUAAUAAACUGUGCGAUUCUAACAACCAGCAGCCUAAACAAAGUAUCCACCGAUUGCAGUAUUGCGUUUAUAAAUUGCAACUCACUAAGCCAUGUUUUAAAUGGCCAACAAAGAAUAAAUAUUCUGAAAGACCGCCUCCGUCAAGCUGGAGAACUCCUCAAGCGCCAAGAAUAAGGAAGGAAUAUAGGUUGCUCAGUGAACGUGAAAGAUAUGAUUUCCAUCGUAGUGUUUAUCUUUUAAAACGAGAUACGAGACUGUCACCAAAUGUAUACGAUGCCACCGCCUUCCUGCACAUUGGUGAUACUGCAAGAAAUGCCCACGGUGGACCUUCAUUUCUUCUCUGGCACAGAAUCUAUUUGAAAAUGAUGGAAGAUGCUCUUCGUGAAAAAGUACCAGGUGUAACAAUUCCAUUUUGGGAUCCAACUCUUGACAGUCAUCUUUCUAAUCCUCGAGAUUCCACUAUGUGGUCAGAUGAGUUAAUGGGAACUAUCAAUGGUUUCGUCACUAAAGGGGCGUUUGCUAACUGGAAAACACCAGCUGGUACUCUAAUAAGGAACGGGGGUUUCAUUACAAGGUUACCGACAAGUAGUAACAUCGAAGAUGUUCUCACUCGAACGAAACUCGAAGAGAUCUCUGAACCUAAUGCGCAAGAACGAUAUAACUUGGAAUUCCUGCAUAAUUCUAUGCAUGUUGUUAUUGGAGGUCACAUGGGUUCGGUACCAUCAUCACCCAUGGACCCAAUUUUCUGGCUAGUCCACAGUUACAUAGAACUUGUCAACGCGCGUUUCAAUGAAAACCAAAGGCGACACAACGUUAAUCCCGCAACAGAUUAUCCUUCGGAUUAUGGUUUAAAUGUUUACGCUCCCAAUCAAAGUAUUGGUCUUAUGAAUUUAACCGUUUUAGAGGCAUUAAGAGAAACUGAAAGUUACACUAAUAUUUACAAAUAUGACUAUAGUUACUUGGGAAACUGUGCUCUCAAUCCAAAUUUAUGUAAUUCUCCAUACCUAACCUGCAAUAAUGGUAGAUGCGAGUCGAAAUCUAAAAACUCAACUCGUUGCAGUACUUUAAUUCCCUAUCAGAAUAUGUUUUGUAUCAACCGUAGAUGCGAUGUAGAUGAAUGGGCAUUUAUUCCGGUUGAAAUUAUUUACGAACGACCUUUCGACACGAUGAAAUUUGGAAAUUUUCCUAUUAAAAAUGGUCUGCCGAAUUUGCUGAAUGAUCUGUACGAUGAUAAUCAACCCCUAAAUUCCUCGUCCGGUAACUCAACUGGAAAUAAUUGUCAAAACAGUAAGUGCUGUGGUCCAGCAGGAAGACUCAACGUGCAAGCUAGUGGUAUAAAUUAUUUUGGAACCUAUCAAGAAAUGGUGGUACUUGACCGUAGAUUAGCUGUAUCAUCGGAUAUCACCUAUAUCGGUAUCAGAAACCCCGAAAGAAACGCCAGUGUAGUUUUUAUUACAGCUUCAGAACAAUGUGGAAGAAUAUGUCGUCCUUCUUGUUUAGUGCCGGGUUCAAAUCCACCGAGAUACACACCAUGUAUAGGACUGUUGAACGUAACACGUAACAAUGCUACUAUGUACGGUAAAACACUCGCAGAAGCUUACAUGAAAGUGUGGGAUUAUAGAAACCAGAUACGACCGAAACUGAGACAUGAAAAUAUUCCGAUAGUGUUCCAUUGUGAUGACAGCCGGUGGCCAUUUAACAACAACACCAAUACAACAACAACUGCAUCACCGUCGACAAGAGCAACGACUACAACAGCGACAACAACAACGACAACAACAACAACCACAACACUAUAUACCACUGCAUCUACAACAACACGUGUGUAUUGGCCAAUUAGACCGUCACCUAAAAAAUGCUACAUCAACCAGAAUUGUGCCAUUGCCAAAGGAUGUGACUGUAUAUCGAUGGACAAACAGCCUUGCAUACAAAAGUGUUCCCAUUACGCUUUAUGUGUAUAUGGCUCUUACAUAGUAUCUUCCUGUGGCUACGGUAGAAGGUAUGAACCCUAUUUAAGAAGAUGCAUCCCGGGACGUUGUCAACAUUAAAUGUAAGGCUGCUGACACUCUUAUAAAGCAAUAUUCCCAACGAAAUAAAAGAUGAAUUUUCUUCCACGUUUGACUUUUACAGAGUAAUGUUUAGAGGAGGACAUUCUCCAACAGCAUUACCUGAGUUCAUUUCUAGCUGAAUGAGCGGGACGAUGGAUAAUGAUGUGAAAGUGAAUUUGGAAAUGGAGAAUGAAUGAACGAAUGACUGAACGAAUUAACGAAUGAACGAACGAACGAGCGAGCGAGGGAUCUCUGUGGGAUCUGGUACUAGUUUUAAAUAGAAACCUGUUGAACGAGUUUCUGAUUUGCUUACUAUUUUUUUUGUCAUCAUUCAUUUUUCACAACAUUUAUUUUUUGUGUAAACACAUCUAAUCUAAUAUCUAAAUAAAAUCAUAAUAAA